GAUGUAUGAGAGAAGGGUGUGCGGUAUGUCUAUAAGCAGAUUCUUUUUUCUUUUUUACCAAAAGGAAGAACAUAGGCUAUAUUCAGCUUAGUUCCAUCGUAAGCCUUCAUAUUACCGCACACCCCUGCUUGAUGUCACGACAUAUUCAGAAGUUGAACUUGUUCAGGGAAUUGCGGGGACGACGACGACGACAGCAGCAGUGGUGCCGCUUUAAAUACUCCAAGGACGAAACGAGGUCAGCGUGCUGCAGAAGCUAUUACUGCCAGACGAACGGUUGCUACUUUUAUGCUAAAGUCAAGUCUCACAUCCCUCUGUGGCACAUAUCUCGCCUUGAAGCGAAGCUCUAAAAGAUUGAUGUAUCAUCACAACCUUUGAACGGCAUAUCCUGGGGAGCAGGAAAUCCAGCCUCGUUUUGGAAAUAAGCAUGUAUCUAGAACGUGGGACGUUUCGAAAGGUAGAACUCCAUGUGAUCUGAGUUCCUUCACCAGCGGCUGCAGUUCCCUUCACAAACACUCGUGCUGCCGCCGUGCAGGAAGCAACAAGGACGUCCUUUAGCCUGGAAAAACACAGGGAUGCGCUGCGCGAGCUGCUAAAGAUUCCCCUCUACUAUAUUUGUGAACUUCAAUCUGGAGGCUUAAAUCGUCUGUUUGAAAGAUAUAACUCGCCCGGACAGAUUUGGCAACAAAGGAGUACUUCGUCUGGUCAAUCUGAAUGUGAGAUCGUGAAUUAACAGGAGACAGGGACGAAAAGCCAUCACCAUGGAUUUUGUUAUGAAACAAGCGCUGGGAGGGGCAACCAAGGACAUGGGGAAGAUGCUGGGAGGAGAAGAAGAGAAGGAUCCUGAUGCAGAGAAGAAGGAGGAAGAAAGACAAGAGGCCCUGCGGCAACAGGAGGAAGAGAGGAAGGCCAAAUAUGCAAAGAUGGAGGCAGAGAGAGAGUCCAUGAGACAGGGAAUCAGGGAUAAGUACGGCCUUAAGAAGAAGGAGGAGCGCGAGGCGGAGGCGCAAGCCGCCAUGGAGCAGGCCGCCGAGGGGAGCCUCACACGCCCAAAAAAGGCCGUCCCGGCCGGCUGCGGGGACGAGGAGGAAGAGGACGAGGGCAUCAUGGACACGGUCAUGAAGUACCUCCCAGGCCCUCUCCAAGACAUGUUCAAUAAAAAGUAACAGCGCUGGUCAUGUUAGCUUAUUACCACUUUAUAUCAGCCCUCCCCAGCCCCCCACUGCCCAACCACUCCCCUCCCCAGGGACUUAGAAACAUAGUUUCCCAAAUUGAUAAUGUUUUAUUUGUAAAUAGCCUCUGAAUUAAAAAGGAUAAUAUUCAAAAAAAUGUAAACUGUAUAAAUUAGUAAAACUAUAUUGAAAUUACUAAGAGUAUAAGCCAUACUUUUACCUUUGAAGAAAAUAUUGGCGUCACUUUUUUUUGUUUUGUUCUUUAUGUUAGAUAUAUAAAUAAAUGUGUGUUCAUUAAACCUCCAAUUAUGUGAAGUUAUCGGUCCUUGGUCAGUGUUUCCAGACCUACCACGUGCUUUGAUGUGACUAACAAUGACCGCACUGUUGUAAACGUUGAGAAGUAGUUCUACUGGAAUCAAAGUGGUGUUUAAAACGCAUGCCAGUAACCAUAUCCUUUGUGAAUAUAUCUGUAUUUCCCAUUUUGUGAAUUAGAUCAAAGGCAACAAAGGCAAUAACUGCUUUUCCUAUAUUAGUCAGAGUACUAAAUUACAUACUGUAUGUAUUUAAAUGUUUCUCACACCUACAGUCCCAUGAAUGAAGCGACACCAUAAAAGCUUCUGCCACACAUUUAGUUUUGAAAACAAGCUUAUUGUACAAAAUUAUUAUGUUACAGUGGGUGUACAAAUCAUUUAGGUUCAGUGUUUACCACAAAGCUUGAAAGCAGGAUUUCAUCGAUAACCUUUACAGCAGUGCUUUUCUGGCCUUGCUGUGAGAGUGGCAUCAUUAAAAAAUAUAGAAAAAACUACAAAUCACGUCACAUUAAUAUAAACACAAUUGGAUCUAGAGGGCUAUGUGUUUUCUCUUGUCAUGUUCUGAAAUGUAAAUAUCGAGCUGCUUCGUGUUACAUUAGAUUCAAUUCCCUAAUUUUUUUAAUUCAUUUUUUCACUUUUUAUGAACAGACAGUGACAAUGGUGCAAUAUUGUUGGUACUUAAGUUGUCUUGUAUCAGUUGGUUUAUUAAAAGGAAUUUGAUUGUAGAUCAGCAAUAAGAGACAAUCUUCAUUGUUUGUGUACUCCAGUUAUUUAGUAGACAGUGUUUCAGAUGUAGUGUGUUGUUUGCUGAAAGUGGCCAUGCAUUCAAAUAAAUGUGAAAUUCCUGAAUAGAGCCUUGUUGGAGAAGUCAUGCAGGUUGAGAGUGGGAGGUAGAUUCUGAGGGUUUCGGUCAUAAUCAGCCAAACUGCUGAAAAUAAAAGAUAGUUAAGGGUUUUUUAUAAUGAGUGAGUGCAAUGCAAGCUAGCUCAGUUAGCAUUAUUAGUCCUGUUUCAAUGUAACAUUUAAAAGGGAAGUACUGUAGAAAAUGCGUAUAUAGGGAACCUAUAGCCCUUGCUAGCAGGGUCUACUCUGUGUAUGGUGUUUUAAUUUGGUGUAUUGUUCAUUCAGAGAACAGAGGAGAAAAGAACAGGAAUGCAUUUCCUCAAUAAUAACAACAGAUUAUGAAUAACUGGGAGUAAACCAAAACGCCACCGAAAGGCUGCUUUCGUCUUUUGUUUCUUUUUUUUUUAAACAGGAGUUAUUGCCUGCAGUUCUGUGUCCAUAUGUAUACUAUACAGCUCUCUAAUGUAUCAAUAGGCUUAUCUAAGAGAGACAUUAGGAACUGCCAUCAGUAUAAGGGAAUACGAGUAAUUGUGGUGAAUCCUGCUGUGUCUUAAACUUUGAAUUAAUUUGAGGUAUGCAAAGUUUCACGCAUUAAGCUUUAUGUGGAGCGCAAUGCUGCUUAAUCCAAGAAAUGGAGGGCUCUGAAACGUACUUUUUGUUUGUUUUUUUGUUUUGGAGGGAGCGGUUUGGCUCCUUUUACACACACUGACCCCAGGUGUUUUGUGAGCAGCACAUCUAGUAAAAGUGACACAAACAACCUAGUCUAGUACUGCCAAUAGAUAGAACACAUCAAAUCAGGGAUGAGAAAUUUAGACAGGGCUUUAAAUGAAUGAGAUUUUUAGACUUUGAAAAAUUACGGAGUCAAUUUCAUGGUUAUGUAUUGAGUUGUCUCUCUCGUCCCUUUCCCUUGCUCUAAAUAUAUUCAACUGGCCGCAGAAUGCCCAUGCUGUAAUGCCCUUCCAGUACAUUCCAAAUGUUCCGAACAUUCCAGCCAUUGUUCUCUGGUUUCGUAAGGGAGCUCUGCAGAUUCUUUGAAGAUUGUUGACUGGACUGUUCUCAGUGCACAGGGUUUUUAACCUUAAAGCUUGAGGAUACAUACAUUUUGGCUCUUUAGUUUGGUUUUAGUUAUUCUCAUUGUUGAACUCUUUAACCAUAAACACUGGUUGGACCAGUGGUGGUGGUACACUGUGUACUGGGUGUCCUAGGUGGAUUUUUUCUGAUUUCAAUUCGAGCUCUAGUCUACCUGUCUCAGUUCUUGCGAGAAUUUUGCCUUUGGUUCAAGUUCAAAUCUCCUGAGUGCCUUCACAAAAGAAGGUCCACUUUUUUAAACUGCCAGCACCUCAAGGUAACUAAAACUUAAACACACCUUAGCCAGGAGGGAGAACCCCCCAGAAAAAGCACAUUUUUAUAAGUACUUCUACUGGAAGACAAAGCUGCCAUGGAACUGAUAAUCCUUCCCACCACUCUUUGGGGCUUGAUUGUUAUCCUUUUUUAACAAGCAAAUAAAAAAAACAUGAGAAA